AGAGUCUUCUCCAAUCUAUUGCGGAAUCAGAUCCUGAAGGCCGCUUUGUAGAUAUUGAAAAUAUUCAAACAUAUUACAAAAUAGCAAUUCCCCAGUACCAUCAAACCUUACUCCAAAAUCAACAACUUCCGGACGAACUUUAUAAAUCCGCUGUCACGUUAUUUCUUACGAUAUGGCUUCACAAAAAGACCAAUCCAAUGGGAAGAAGGCAAAAACCCUUACACACAAAUUGCUUCUGUGGAUUUUGCGGUCCAAUUGUUAAUAAAAUUGGGAUACGGCCCACCCCCAGUGGCGUGUCAUAUCCUAGGUUCGACGCCGGGACGGUUAUUUCUGAAUCGACCGGGUGGCCAAAUUUAUUGUCAUUCGACGCACCUGAAAAUGCCAUACUGGAAUAUCGCAUAAUUAAGAAUUGUGGUAAUUUGCCACAAGAUGAAAAACCGCGAUCUG